AUGCAAAAUGUGAACGCUCCUACAUUACAAACUAUUCGUAAAACAUUUGCUUCAGCUUCUAGUACUACUACUACCAACUCCUCCACCAUAACCAAGUCCAACUCAAAUUCCUCGAACGCUACCGAUACAAUCGAUACUACUACCACUACUGCUACUACUACAAGCGACAAUGUUGUUGCAACGGUCGACGCUGCUGAAACAGCGCCCUUUACAACAACACCACCACCACCCCAUUCACCAUUCUUUAGCAAGCUACCAGUAUCGCCCUCCUUUGACGAGAUGUUCGCCACGUCACCGUUCAAGAGCCGAAUUUAUGACGAAUUCGAAAGGUUUUGGCGUAGCUUUGAUCAUACCACAUAGCUCUGAAGCUAUCUACAUACCUACAUUGCAACAACCACAAAAAAUUAUAUACAAGCCGCAGUAAUGUGUCAUGUGAUGUUGCAACAACAUUUCGUGCGAUUUGCAACUAGCAAGCCGAGUAUUCCCGAACCCUGUGAAUGAAACCCCGUAUUGUGUAGUCUUAUCUACUUACGUCUUACAUAUACACCUACUACCACUUCUACUAUUAACUACUACAAUUACAACAACAACAAUUUAUUAAACUAUUUUAAUUUUUUAUGAAUUAUUACUAAAAUUUAUUUGGAUUAUUAUUAUUUUGUAUUACUUCUAAACGAUAUUCGCGAAAACGAUAUUAACGAAAUUAUAAAAAAAAAUUAAAAUAAAAAAUAAUGUAUUUAUAAAAAAAUCAAAAGUACUAAUGAAAUUAAAAGUGAUGCAUAUAUUUAUAAAAAAAACAUAAACAACAAUUACUGUUACAAAACCAACCCGCUUGUAAAAUUAGUAGAUGAAAAUUAUGUCUGUAUGCUCUUAGUUUAAUAAUAUGUAUGUAAUAAAUAUUAAUGCAGUUCUUUGUUGAAUAAAAA